AGUGAGUGUCAGAAAGCCUCUUGGCACCGCACUCAAGGCAGUUCGGUUUGGGCCAUGCAGCACCCAGACUCGGGGGCACACAAACGGGCAGUGAGUGAUCACCGACCUCCAGACUAGGGGUGGUGAGGAGGAGGACACCUCCUCACCAUUCUUCUGGCUAACAUCCACAUCCGCGGUGAGGAGGUGACUUUUCAAGGGCAUUGGAGCCAUUCUCACUUGUUUGCUCACUGCUCAUGCCCUUCUCCCAUGCCUUCUUGACUGCUUCAACUAUCCGUCCAUUCACCUAUGGAUGUGUGUGCCAUCCUUGCAUGCGUGCCACAGGCUACCUCCCUGCCUCACCCACCCAUGUAUGUCCGACGCCCUGCCCAUCUGCAGCAGCCACCUGUGCUCUGGUGCAAUGCACUCUGAUCCUGCUCAUGCCCCUGCCUCUGCCCCUUCCUGCCUCCUGCUUCUGCCCUGCCUGCCCGCGGCAGCUGGCUGGACAACAACAGCAUUGAGGGUCCACUGCCAUCUGCAAUCUGCUCGCUGCCCAAGUUAUGGCGCAUCAUGGUGAGCAACAACCACCUCUAUGGGCCGUUGCCAGACUGCCUCUUCGACAAGUGUGUCAACCAAAUUGACGUGAGCGGCAACAGCCUGUAUGGGCGCAUCAACCGCAACUUCAGGAACAUGGUGGCAGAUGGGAACGCCCUCAUCAACUUGGCUCACAACUUCUUCUACGGCGAUGCCGUGCUCUUUGCCGCGGGCUGCCAGGUCUGCCCCGUUGAAAUCAACCUGCCCAACAGCCUGUGGUUGGGGGAUGCCAGCACCGGUGUGUUUGCGGGGAAGUGCAUCGAUGGUGCGAUCUCCGGCCUGCAAGAUUUCUCGGUGGCGGGGGCAGGCAAGGGCACAAGGGUGAGUCUGUCUGGCAACUGCCUGACCCUCAGCCGAGAUGCGGACUGUGUGUCCAACGCCACCCAGCGCAGCGCGGCAGCCUGCCAUGCGUUCUGCAGCAUCACUGACAACGGCCCAUGUGACGGCCAUGGGGCGUGUGUGCCGCCUGCACCGGCCUCCGCUUCCAACUUCACGUGCCAGUGUGAUGCCGGGUACUCUGCCAUCGACUCUGGCAACGGGUCCACAUGCGCCAUUGUCAACUCCACCACCACCACUGUGUCCUCACUGUCCACGGGUGCCAUAGUGGGCAUUGCUGUGGGCAGCUUUGCGGGCUUCAUUCUGCUGUCCGCUGUGCUCGCAUGGCUGCUGUGGCCCCGUGGGCAAAAGAAGUGGGAGGGUCUGGAUGUGUGCGAGCAAUUCACGCUGCAGCAGAUGGUGAAGGCAACCAACAACUGGUCCAAGGAGAACGUGCUUGGCAAGGGCGGCUUUGGCAUUGUCUACAAGGGCAUGUCACUGCAGGGCCAGCUGUGGGCUAUCAAGCGGUCCACUGUCAUGACAAACGACUUUGAAACGGAGGUGCGUGCCAUGGCGUCUCUCCACCAUGUGAACCUGGUGCGGCUGCUGGGAUUCUGCCUGGACCAGAACCUUGAGACGGGAAAGCAGGAGCAGAUCCUAGUGUACGAAUUUGUGGACAACAGGGAUCUCCACUACCACAUCCACAAGACCACGAACCCGCUCACGUUGCGCCAGAGGCUGCGCCUGGCGCAGGGGACAGCGGAGGGGCUGGCAUACCUGCACGGGUUCGGAACUCCCAUCAUUCACCGCGACAUCAAGUCGGCCAACAUCCUUGUGACAGCCGACAUGCAUGCCAAGGUGGCUGACUUUGGGCUGCUCAAACUGCUCACCCAUGGUGAUGCCGAUGCCACCAGAGUGGCGGAAACUCCGGGCUACGUGGACCCCGACUACAACCGUACCAGCAUCAUCACUGCCAAGAGUGAUGUCUUCAGCUUUGGCAUCGUGCUACUAGAGUUGUUGAGUGGCCAGCCAUCCCGCAUGCAGCAGGGGUUGCACAUCAGAGAAUGGGCAAUCAAGCUGGUGGAGGCAUAUGCGAUGGAGGAGCUCAAAGACAGCAAGCUCCAGGCAAGGAGUGAAGCCGUAGUGGACUUUGCCGACCUGGUUCUGGACUGCAUCAAGGUACCAGGCACACGGCGCCCCGACAUGAAGGAGGUGGCGUACCGCCUCAACGCUCUCAUUGACCAGCACUGCCCGGACAAGGAGGACGAGUGGGAAAACGUGGAGGAAGCAGAGAAUGAUCGCCGUGCGCACUCAUAUUCAGAAUCGCGAGGCUACGUUCCACCAAGGGUUGGUAAUCAAGGCUCGCAAGUGUCCAAGAGCUCAUCCGACAGUGCCAACUCUUUUUCUUGGUCUGAUGUCAUGGGGAAGUGGCUGCAAAUGAGGUCUAGUUGAGGGCACUAAGCGGUACUGUGAUGAUGCAACUUUGGUAAAUAACAGGCAAUAGCUCAGUAACAAGGCUGUGGUAUCAUAUAUUAGUGAUCAAAUUUCCA